GUUUUAGCAAAUAAGUGUUUCUUGUUUGGGAAAAAUCGUAGUGCACUGGUACGUGCAGUGCCGCCUGAAUUUUCUUCGUUUUCCCAACUCAGUGAGUGACUGAGCACGUCAGUACAGGCUGUAGAAAAAGCACGGGGUGAGCCCAUGAGGUCAGAUCAUGGAGCUGUGAACACUGCGGGGAGAUGGCAAACUCCUUGCAGAAACUGAAACUACAGAGGGCAGCCUUCUGUGCAUGGAAAAAGACAGUUGAGAUGUUGGGAUGCAACAACCAGAACCGUUGUUACCAUCUUCAGACCUGUUCCAAAAACUACCUUGUCACUGAAGCCAGAACUUGUCAUUCAAAUCAGCCUCAAAGAGUUAUCCCACAGGUUGCUCUCUGCAGUCUUCCCUGGAAGAUGCAGUCCCGUGUCCAUGGAUACGGGGAUACUCGCAUACUCCCGCAUCCAGCAAGGAGGAAGUCCUCCUUCCAGCAGAGCAGUCAAGCUGCGACGAACCCGCUGCUCAAACUCCAGUCCUUUGUGGCCCAGCCCAUUCUACAGGACAGAGAGAUGAUUUUCACUCCGAGCGAGGCGGACAUCGCAAGGGCAUCCGAGUUGUUUGUUCCAAGUGCCGGCCACAGGAUUGAGUUUGUGAAAGGCGCUUAUUAUCCUGAGGAGGCCCCAGUGUAUAAACUGCCAGAGAUAGCUUUCAUCGGUCGCAGUAAUGUCGGCAAGUCAUCACUUAUAAAAGCACUCUUCUCGGAGGUGGAGGGAUUGAAAGUCAGGACAUCAAACACGCCUGGCCACACCAAACUGCUGUUGUUUUUCCAGGUAGGGCGGGCCUUCAGCCUGGUAGACAUGCCGGGUUAUGGUUACCGGCAGCCAGCCAACUUCAUCACCUCGGCCGAAGGCUUCCUCAAGACCAGGAAAAAUCUGAGGAACACCUUUCUACUGAUAGACAGCAGCGUGGGCCUUCAGAAGUGGGACUACGUGGCUAUAGAGAUGCUUGAGGAGUUUUCUAUUCCAUACCUGGUGGUUUUGACCAAGUCCGACAAGGCUUCUAAAAGACAGCUGAUUGAGAGCAUCAUGACCAUGUCAAAGGUCAUACGUGAACACACUCAGGGCUGCUUGCCUCAGCCAUUCCUUGUCAGCUCCAAAUCGGGCGAGGGCCUUCCAUUUCUCAAGGGCUUUAUAGCUUACACUACGGGCAAUCUGCUGUUACAGAAAUCUUGACGCUUUCCUGGAGCUGUUGAAGAAGGCAGUAUAUCCAAAAGCUGAUGGAUACAUCGGGGCGCUGAUUUCAAUCUGAAUUUGUUCAGGCCUUUUGUCAAUUCUAUAUUUGAUAAAAUCCAAAUUCAUUAAUGGCUAUUACAAUAUUUUCUUUGCGACUCAUUGUUGAAAUGUAAAUAAAGAACUCCUCAAUACAUUUA